AUGGUGAGCCCAGCGCUAUCGCCACUUCUCGCCGUGUUGCCCUCGCAGUCAACACUGGCGACCUACUCGGCGUCGUGUGCAUUCUUCACAUCGUCGUACUUCAUCUGCACUCGUCUGGCCGGCUGGAACGUCUAUGAGAUCGAGCACUCCUUCGCACCUGCUGCAGCGAGACAGGAGCGCAAGAUGAAGAUGCGCAAGCGUUCCUGGAUCAUCACUACCCUCGCCGCGGCGAUAACGACGGCGGUCAGUCUCGUGUACGUAAGGGACUGGCUAGCGAGUGGUUUCGAUGUUGCUAGAGUCCAUCGACGCGCUGCGCUCAGUGACACACUGACCACGUUUUUCUCGGCUUAUCUGACCACUGAUUGCGUACUCGGCAUGAUCUUCUAUCGGCCCUGUUUCUCGCUCGUGACGGGGUGGAUCCAUCACGGUGCCUACAUGGCGCUCAUCGCCUAUAUCUCCCCGCUCGGCUGGUCACACAUCUUCGCCCUGGGCAGCUUCAUGGAGCUGCCCACUUGCAUCCUCGGUGCAUCGACCAUCUGGCCAGCUGUGCGAAACGACAUCGCUUUCGCUGCCGUCUUCUUCGCUACUCGGCUGCUCUUCCACGGCGUUUUGAUCGCUUCCUAUGCGACACAAUAUGGUCAGACGCACGGAACACAUACCGGUAUCAAGACCCUCGUACCUGCAUUGUGUCUCUCGGGCGCAGUACCGCUGCACAUCUGGUGGUUCACUGCUUCUGUCAGAGGGAUCAGGCGACGCGCUCGCCAGACAGCAUCGACAUCUGUCUCCGCAGCGACGACGCCCAGUGCAGAGAAGGACGAAGCAAAGGCACUCGAAGUUCCGACGCCUGUCUCUGUACACAUGAGUGAUACCAAGCCGUUACGUAUUGCCCAGGCCGUCAAGCUGCUCAGGCGCAAAUCGGGUCCCAUCCUAGUCGAUAUCACCAACUCGCUUGGUCCUAGAACGACCCAGGCGGCAGAUUCGAUCAAGCAGAUCAGACGUAGCUUCGCGGCGGCAGCGGCUGCCAAUACGAGCGCGUUCAGCAUACGAGCCGAUCGACCGACCAUGCAGCCCAGGUCGGCUUCGCAAGACCAGCGACGCUUCAUCCUACCGCCCGGUCGAAUGCGCACGGGCGUCGCCAAUUUACAGCGGGCGAGCUCAGGCUUUGGUCGCUCGAUCAGCACAGCAGUCUUUUAG